AUGUGGGAUGACUGGGAAAUGGGCGGAGCGGGAUUUGAGCUCGAAGAUGGUGAGGCUGAGAUUCUCUUGAAGAAGUGCCAAGAAUUUGCAGACAGGAUGGCCACCUGUGGACUCUGGGGUGGAAUGGAAGCACCAAACGAAGAGGAUGGAAUGAGGGACAUUGAAGAACUCCAGGAGGAAGAGGAAGAUGAUGAUCUUCUUACUGAACUGUUGCAAGAAAUAGCCCUUGAACGGGAAGAAGAUGAGGUUUACAAUGAGCCAUUAGACUCAGAAGCUUCAGAAGCUUGGUUUCCGUACACAUCAAAACUGGAAUUUUUGUUGGAUACAAUUGACAACCUACCUCGUAUUCACUUAUCGGGGUCCAUGAUGAAAGUUAUCCUCUGGCUACUUCGUGAAGUUGGAGUUAAACAUGUCCCAUCUUUCAACAAACUGCGAAAACUUCAGAAAAGGGUUCGAGAGGAUGGUGGGGUUCCAACGGUACAUUGGAUGUCGCCAAAGGGAAACACAUUCUCUUUUAAUGAUCUUCGAGCCAUCAUUACAAAUGACUGGACAAACCCUCUUGUUUCUCCAGAAAUUCGCCGCUAUCCAGUGAUACCUGACAAUGGAGUUAUCUCAGAAGUGUGGCAUGCUCGCAAAUGGAGGCACAACAUCGAUCGCCAUGUUGCAAGUCCGAUGUAUGAUGCAGGAAAUGGGCAACAUUACUUUAUAGAUGAACCGGCAUGUCUCGAUAAUGGGAAAGUGGUCAUCCCGCUUCGCUGGGUGGAGGACGAGAGAAAAAAGGUAUGGUUUGAUGCGUGGGAUGUCGAGUUUGAUGACCAAACAAACCUUUCAACAAUUAGAGAUGAAAAAACGAGGUUGAUCGAUGCAAGUCAGUUACGAAAAAAUUAUCUCAGCCUUGUGGAGGAAGGCAGAUUGCCACAGUGGUCACACGCAACAAUUGAAAAAGGCCAUCAGUCCCAAAUACCAAAUCCUGACCGAGCGCUGGCUGAAGGUGAUCCCAUUUACUGCAGUUCCGUUGACCUCUUCGGGGAUGAUGUCUCAGGAAACCGGACUAAAAGUUGGAAUAAGCAUUGGAAUACUUACAUGACACACCGAAAUUUACCCAGAAAGCUUCUCAACCAACAAAUCCAUAUUCACUUCAUUUUGACAUCAACUCAUGCAACGGUACCUGAACAAUUUCAAGGAAUCAAGGAGAUUAUCGAGGAAAUGCAUCGUGAGCCAGUCAAAGUCCGUGAUCCCAGAACUGGUCAACAGACGAGAUUCAAGAUAUAUUGUAACUGUGCGCCUGGCGAUAAUCCUUCACAGAGCGAAACUUCUGGGCAUAUCGGCGGUAAGGGAAAUCACCCCUGCCGGAAAUGUAACCUAGGUGGACCACAAAAGACUAGGGAGACAGAUGAGGGAUUUCAUGCGUCCUUCUUGGCGGGAGAACUCCGAUCAUCACAGGAUACCCUACUAAAAGUAGAGAGACAGGUCCAGACAGCAUGCCUUGGUGUGGCCCAAGCGGUUAAGGAUCUACAGACUGAAACUGGUGUCAAGGACGCUUUCACGCAGUCGACCAUUGACGAGCUUAUAACAAGUGCUCGGAACACGCAAAAACUCCAGCCAAAUAAGUCACCUACAGAAAUUCAGUCUGAAUUAAUGGCGUGGGUGAACGCCAACCAGGCGAGAGUGUAUAACCCUUUUUUGAUGAUGAAAGGUUUCGAUGUGGCGCAGGACACUCCAGUCGAAAUCCUGCAUACUAUAUUGCUUGGGGUUCAAAAAUAUGUCUGGCAUGGAUCACACACAAGUUGGUCAGAUUCCCAGAAGAAACUAUAUGCUCACCGCCUUCAAGCGACAAAUGUUUCUGGCCUCUCCAUCCAUCCAAUCCGUGCUAGCUACAUUACACAAUACACUAAUUCUCUUGUCGGUCGACAACUUAAAACCCUGGUACAAGUCAACACAUUCCAUGUCUACGAUUUAGUAGAUAGCCAACAGUUUCUUCUGACGAAGGCGAUAGGCAAGCUGGCAGCCUUGCUGUGGUUUCCAGAAAUCCGAAAUCUCGAUGAGUAUCUUGGAGAUGUUGAAACUGCUGCAGCAAAUGUUCUCGACAUUGCCGCACUGAUAGACCCUUCAAAAAUUAUCGCCAAGAUCAAAUAUCAUUUACUUGCGCACCUCCGAGCAGACAUUAUUCACUUUGGCCCUCUGAUUGGGGUUGCGACGGAAGUAUUUGAAUGUUUUAAUGCUAUUUUUCGAUAUUGUUCUAUCCUUUCCAAUCACCUUGCACCUAGCCGUGAUAUCGCUUAUCAACUUGCGGCACAAGAGACACUGAAACACAUCCUUUCGCGUGGAUGGUGGGCCACAAAAUCUGGGAUCUGGAUGCGACCUGGUCCGUCAGUUCGGAAUUUCAUCUCAACAGACCCUGUUCUACAAACAUUGAUUGGAUGGGCUCGCAACAACGCCUUUACCGAGCCAGGAAUGGUCAAACUUUUGCCCAAAGUUAAACACGAAAAGGAUCAAAAGGAGGCUCGCCCAGAGUUCAGGUGGGCUGAAACAGCCACUGCAUCGGCGGUUAACAGCGGAUGUGUCGAGAGGAGUGUUGAGACUCUCUGGCACAGGGGAAAGCAUGUUGUUGCCCAGUCUCAAGAUCAAUGCCAAAUGGGUGCAUGGGUUUUUGCGAAAUCACCACUUGCGUUGACCGAGCCACCGGUAACAGGUCGCGUACUUGAUAUAUUGCAAGAAAUAGGAAACAAGCGCUGCUUCGUUGUCCUAGAUAUCUUCCACAUCUCGGCGACUCGUCAUCAAAUCUUCGGGAUGCCAGUUCUAAAGCGCCGGUUAAACGAAACCCACAUAUUGAUUGUACCUGCAACAAAUCUCCUUUUCGAGUACAAUGUGCAGCAUGACUGCCAGAAGGCACACUGUACAGCAUCUGGGAGGCAGCCAGUUGUCCAGGAACGUAUUGAAAUCGAAAAACAAGAAGAUUUUAUCGAACACAAAACACUUGAUGAGUAUCUGGUCAACACACACGGGUUUCAUAACGCGCACCUUGUUCGAGCUGUCCUUCCAAGGGAACUCAUUGCUCCGAUCCCAUAUACCCUCGAUCGAAAGGGCCACCACGAUCGCAUAGCAACCGACCUUCGAACCUCCCAAAAUGCGAGAUGA